GGUUGAUAUGAUACUUGGUGGGAUACAUAGAAGCUCAGUUAUGUAAUUGUAAUACUGGUUUGUUAGUAACAAGUUCUUUGUGGCAAUGAGUUCAACAUAAAUGUGAAAUCAAAACAGUAUCAUGAUUUAUUUGUUGAAGCUCAACCUUGAUAUUGUAAUGCUGAUUGCAAGUGUUAGAAGAACAAUAAUAAUUAUUGUAGCUGAUUUUAUUUCAUUCCUAUUUCUCACUGUGAACCUAUAUUGAAGUUCUAUUUUUUUAGUUUCUAAACACAUACCUAUAUACUUUAUUUGAUGGUAAGAAAGGUGAAGUAUCACCCAUUUUUUAAUACCGAAAUAUAGUAUGGCUAUGAUGUUUAUAUACUAUUCCUUUUUUUCUUUUAUUUUGUUAGCAUAGGUUUGGUUGAUAAGCACUCUCUCUUACAAUUUAUAUCGUGCAUAUUUAUUUAUUCAAUGUAAAAGUUUUUAAAUGGAGCAACAACUAUUCAAAUUGAAGGUGAAAUUUGGAGGAUAUUUUAAGAAGAUUAAAAGUUCUACAGGAAUGAAGUACUACUUUGAGAGACAAAAGAGUUGGUUAGUUGAUGUUGACUGUUAUUGCUACAAGGACCUCUAUGAUGAUAUAGUGCAUACCUUUAAUUUGAAGCUUGAAGAGACCAUAAAGAUUUGGCCUGUGAUUAGAGAUUUAACGCCUAAGUCUUAUAUGAUAUUAGACACAGAUCAGAAAUUGAUGAGUUUGUUUGAGGAGUAUAAGGAUUUGAAAGAGUGCUUCUUAUUUGUCACAAAAGAGGCCAAUAUUAUACAACUUUCUCAAUCAACACUAGACAGCCAAGAUCAAAUUGAAACAUGUAGAAGUACUGCAACUGCAAUAGAAGAGAUUCGAGUGGAUGAAGUAAGAGAGAACCAAAGGCACAACGAUAGUGAGCAUCUAGCUACAAUAGGCAUUGAUAUCUUAGCUACUGCUAUUGAAAAUAAUGACUAUAUUGGGGUAAAUGAUGAAACUUUAUUUCAAGAGGAGCAGGAAACAGAUACUGAAAUUUAUAGUUCUGAGAGUAGCUAUCACAGUAUUUAUAAUAGUGAUUCUGACGAUGAUGAUGAAAAUAUCAUAGACCACGGGGGAGAGACAUAUGAGAUGGAUAUUGAGAAUCCUACCAUGGCCGUAGGGGCAAAAUAUACAAGUCGAGAACAGUUCAAGGUUGCACUGAGUCAGUAUGCUAUAUUGAAUGAAUUUGCCGUAAGAAUUCUCAAAAGUGAGCCCGGUAGAAUGACAGUGAGUUGCAAAGAUGAAGCUUGUAAUUGGAGGCUUCAUGCUUCAUUAUUAUGCGAUGGUCAUACAUUUCAGGUUAAAAAAUUAAAGGAACCUCAUACGUGCUCAUCUAUAAACAAAUGUGGCAACAAGAUGGCUACACAAUUUUGGAUAUGUGAUAAGAUCAUUGGUUGGCUACGAAAAGAGGGUAACCUGUCGCCUAUUGAGCUAAGAAGGAAAUUGUUGCAAUUCCAUCAUCUUGAGCUUCCAUACCACAGAGUUUGGCGAGGAAAGGAGCUUGCCAUGUCUAUGAUUCAUGGUAAUUGGGCAGAUUCUUUUGAGAGAAUGGAGGAUUUCAAGGAGGAGCUUUUGAGAAGAAACCCGGAUAGUGUAGUAAAGCUAAAGUUAGAUAUGGUUGGUGAUAAGCAUUACUUCCAUCACUUCUUUAUUUGUCUACGUGCUUGCAGUACGGGCUUUUUAGCUGGUUGUAGGCCUUUUAUAGGCCUAGAUGGUCGCCACUUAAAGGGGAAGUACAGGGGUGUGAUGAUGGCUGCUACAUCACUUGAUGGAAAUAAUGGUUUGUUUUCAGUUGCUUUUGGUGUUGCAGAAUCUGAAAAUAGUGAUAGUUGGACUUGGUUUUUAGAGGCACUUAAAGAAUCAAUUCAAACUCCAGAAGGUCUAGUACUUGUAUCAGAUCGACAAAAGGGAUUGGAAAAAGCAGUACAACAUAUAUACCCCCAAGCAGAACAUAGAAAAUUCAUGAGACACUUGUACAAAAACUUUCAAACAAAAUUUUCAGGAUACUGGCUUAAAAUUAAGUUAUGGGGAGCUGCAAGGGCAUACACAAAAGUCCAACAUGACGAUAUCAUCAAUCAAAUUAAGGAGGCUAGCUUGGAGGCAUUCAAGUAUCUUAGUGCUGAAAAUAUUGGUUUAUGGAGUAGAUCUCAAUUUGGCAUCACAGCUAAGUGCUCCUAUAUAACAAACAACCUUUCGGAGUUAUUCAAUGCUUGGAUUUCUGAGGCCAGACAUAGGCCAGUUCUUGAUUUAUUAGAUGUUGUAAGACAAAAAAUUAUGGUGAAAAUGGAAGGAAGAAGGAGAAUGGUUGCCCGCUGGAAAGAAAAUUUAGUUCCUGUGGUAAUGAAGUAUGUAAGAGACAUCAGCCUUUAGCUAGGUGAUUAUAAUGUUUAUAGAACCAAUGAUUACAGAGCAGAAGUAAUUGAGACUAAUGGAAGGCAUGAAGUAAUUCUAAAUGAACAAAGGUGUUCUUGUCGUUUGUGGAAGGUGUCAGGCAUUCCUUGUGUGCAUACUGCAGCUUUUAUUUGUAGUAUGAGAUGUGCAAAUUUAGAAAAUUAUGUCUCGGAGUCCUUCACCAUUGCCAAGUAUAAGAUUGCCUAUGCAUUAGAAAUUGGACCAUUACUUGACAAGGCCCAAUGGAUAAAAGUUGAUAUUGGAUACAAGGUAUUGCCUCCUAAGCUCAGUCUACGACCUCCAGAAAGGCCUAAAAAGAAGAGAAUUAGGGGUACAGAUGAGAAUACAUCGAAGAAGAUGCACAAAUGUAAGCAUUGCGGUGAGCUUGGGCAUCAUGCAAAGACUUGCAAAAAUCUAAUAAUGGAGGAAUCUCAAGCUUUAAUAUCCUCUUCUUCUGCACCGAAGAAGCUUGAGAGGUAACAUAUAGCACUACUCUAACUUAAUGAUGUUUGUCCUUUAUCACUUGCUUAUCAUUGAAAUAUUGCAAGCCUAAGAAAAAUGGUUCAAGAGGAAGAGUGUCAAUUACAGGAGGCACACAUGCAAUGUAUAUAGCACCAAGAGGAAAAAAAACAAAGGACGACCCCGCAAGCAAGCUAAGCGAAUGGAAACUUUAGUUGGAGAAGAUAAUGCCUACCCACAAUCUUGAUUGGUAUAUAAUUGGAUAUAUUUAUCCCAACUUUUGCACCUUAUUUGCUUUCAAGUUAUUUGGAUCACUUUAGCGUUAUUACUAAACAUAAUUUAUUAGUUGAUAUAGAGUUAAUUCUCACACUUAUUCUUUUUCAUUUUUUUGCAAAUUGCAGAUUUGAUCGCAUGUUUUGCUGGAGUAGUGGAGAUUAUGUUGGAGAUUAACAUCUCCACAACCUAUCUUAUUAAAUAUUUUUUUCAGCCAACAUCUCAUGAACAAAAGAAUGUAAUUUAUCAAGAUUCCCAUGUUACACAUAAUCCUUUCAUUCUUUAUCUCUGGUUUCUCACAAAUAGUGCAACAUUCUUUUGUUAA